CACCAACUGCAUCCAUACUUUCUCCGCCCCGCAUUCACGUACCAUUCCUAUUAUGGCUCCCGCUCGAAUAAUGGAAAUAUCUGGAGCUCCAGAUCCAGGGCUCAUUCCCCCAUCCGAUGCCGUGCAUGAGAAUAAAUGGUACAACCAAGAUUUCGACGGCUACCGCGUUUCAGAGCAUGUGCUACACGCAAAACGCCAUCUCCGCAUCGUCUGUGUUGGCGCUGGUGCAGCAGGACUUCAAAUAGCAUAUAAGGCUGAGCGCGCCCUUACCGACAUUGACCUCCAAAUCUACGAAAAGAAUUCUGACAUCGGCGGCACAUGGCUCGAGAAUCGGUACCCUGGCUGUACUUGCGAUAUUCCGUCACACAGCUAUCAAUUCACUUGGGCGCGCAAUCCGAACUGGAGCCAGUACUAUUCGAGUAGCGAGGAAAUAUGGCAGUAUUUCAAAGAUGUAGCGACCAAAUACGGCUUAGAGAAAUAUGUUCAACUAAACACAACCGUGCAGAGCGCAGCGUGGGAUGAAGAGUCGGGGCAGUGGCAGUUGAGGAUCCUAGGUCCGGAUGGAAAGGAGGUAGCUGAUUGGUGCGACAUUCUCAUCUCAGGUUCCGGUAUACUAAACUCUUGGAAAUACCCAAACAUACCCGGGUUGGACCUCUUCAAGGGAAAACUAAUGCAUUCGGCCAAGUGGGACAACUCCUACGACCUCACAGGCAAGAUGGUGGCAGUUGUAGGUGGCGGUUCGUCAGCAGUGCAGAUUAUCCCAGGAAUCCAACCUAAGGUAGGAAAACUCUUCGCAUUCCUGCGCUCGCCGGUCUGGAUUACGACAGGAUUUGGAGCCAAGUACGCAGGGCCUGGGGGAACAAACUUCUCUUACUCAGCAGAAGACCUCAAAAGAUUCAACGAGAACCCCGAAGAGUAUAAAAAGUACGCCCGUGAUAUUGAAGGCGAGCUCAACAAGCGUUUCAACCUCAUGCACAUGCAUAGCAAGGACCAGAAGAAUUCUCGAGAACUCAUCGCCAACCUUAUGGCAGACAAACUCAACAACGAGGAACUUACAAAGAAAAUGGUUCCUGAUUUCGCGCUAGGAUGCCGGAGAAUGACUCCCGGGAGUGGGUAUCUCGAGUCACUGAGCAAAGAGAAUGUGGAAGUGAUUCACGAAUCGGCCGUCCGGUUAACAGAAACAGGCAUCGUAGACGAGAGUGGCGUAGAGCAUGAAGUCGAUGUUGUGGUCUGUGCAACAGGGUUUGAUACAUCGUUUACACCUCACUUCAAAGUUACAGGACGAAAUGGAGCUGAUAUAAAGACGCAGUUCGGGGAUUUCCCAAUCGGGUAUUUGGGAAUCAUGGCAGAAAACUUCCCCAAUUUGUUUCUGUUUAUCGGCCCCAAUGGCCCAACAAGCCACAGCUCCAUCCUACCAAUUCUCGAAUGGUACACUCGCUACGCAUUCCAAAUGAUCGAAAAGUUCCAAACAGAAAACAUCAAAUCCUUUGAGCCAAAACGAGGUGCAAUCAAAGAUCUAUACAACCAUACGCACGAACUGAUGAAACGCCUAGUUUGGUCAUCGGCAUGUCGCUCCUGGUUCAAGAACGGAAAAACGCAUGGUCCUGUAACAGCAAUAUACCCCGGCAGUCGACUGCAUUUCUUCGAGUUGUUAAAGAAUGUGCGAUGGGAAGACUAUGAGUUAACUUAUAAGACUGGGAAUAGAUUCCAGUUCCUGGGAAACGGGUAUACAGAGUGUGAGAUGAGUGUUGAUGGAGAUCCGGUUUGGUAUUUUGAUGAUGAGUUUACAAAAAUCUAG